CUCUCGAACUUUAAAGGAGACGCUGCAUCCAUCUUCCAUUCAUUCCUGGCAUCAUUUUUUAUGGGUUUGGUCAGGUGCCCAUGAUGCUUUUAUCUCAACAGUUGUUGGGUGUGUUGCUGAUCACCCUUGCACAUGGCGUGCUGGAAGUGGGAGCAGAUGGAUCUCAAACUACUCCGGAUGUGACAUCAGAAACCAUCACUGUAUCUGGGACAACAGUGGUAACAGAUGGACCUCAACCUACUCCUGAAGUGACAUCAAAACCUCUCAACCAAACUGAAUCUUGGACAACAGUGGUAACAGAUGGACCUCAACCUACUCUUGAAGUGACAUCAGAACCUCUCAACAUCACUGAAUCUCAGCUGGAAGUGGUAACAGAUGGACCUCAACCUACUCCUGAAGUGACGUCAGAACCUCUCAACAUCACUGAAUAUGAGCUGGAAGUGGUAACAGGUGGACCUCAACCUACUCCUGAAGUGACAUCAGAACCUCUCAAUAUCACUGAAUAUGACGACUGCCCUGUUACCUUCAGCCAACCUAAAGUGGUGGUUGAAUAUGGAGAACCAGUCUUAGUAAACUGCUUCACCAACAUCACACACGAGAGUUUGAGUUGGGAAGGGUUUGAAACAGAAUGGGAGAUGAAGUAUGGGUGGGGCUCCUUGACUCUAAAUAAAACAACAGACUGGGAGAUACAACCGUCUUGUGCCAUCAUCUAUAAUGAAACUCAAUGUUCGAAGAAUCUCUCACUUACUAUUUACAAGACUCCAGACAGUGUGUCUAUUAGUAGAGUGGAUAACAAAAUGAUAGAGGGCUUCCAGUAUGACCUCCAGUGUGACAUUGUGAAUGUGGCUCCUGUUAAGAGUCUCAUUGUGAAAUGGUUUAAAGGAGAGACAGAGGUGCAAACUGAGACCUUCAAUGGAACCAUCAAGACUCCAGUGAAUGAAACAUCUACACUUCAGAUCACUGCAGUCAGAGAUGAUGAUGGAGUUCAGUACAGAUGUGAAGCAGAGCUGGAACUGGGAGCACAUGGACCUCAACCUCCUCCUAAAGUGACAUCAGAACUUCUUAACAUCACCGUAUAUAGUUUAUCCAGUUCUCUUCAGCUCAUCCCACCGAGUGUUGUUGUGGAGUACGGCAGCUCUGUUUCAGUGAAUUGCAGCGCUGAUGUCACACAUGAUGGGAUGGGCUGGAAUGCCAGUGAUGGAUCAGUACCUGAGACCAGAGAAAAACUGAUCACCUGGAGAGUGUCUAACCUGAGACAAUGGGACAUACGGCCAAAGUGCUACAUAAACUAUAAGUCUGAAAAACAUGAAACUGAACUACCAGUCACGGUUUACAAGACUCCAGACAGUGUGUCUAUUAGUACAGUGAAUAACAAAAUCAUAGCGGGCUCCCAGUAUGAGCUCCAGUGUGAUAUUGUGAAUGUGGCUCCUGUUGAAAGUCUCAUCGUGAAAUGGUUUAAAGGAGAGACAGAGGUGCACACUGAGACCUUCAAUGACACCAUCAAGACUCCAGUGAAUAAAACAUCUACACUUGAGAUCUUUGCAAACAGAUCUGAUGAUGGAGCUCAGUACAGAUGUGAAACAGAACUGAAUCUGGGAAUAAAUGGACCUCAACCUCCUCUUAAUGUGACAUCAGAACCUCUCAACAUCACCAUAUCUAGUUUAUCCAGUUCUCUUCAGCUCAUCCCACCGAGUGUUGUUGUGGAGUACGGCAGCUCUGUUUCAGUGAAUUGUAGCACUGAUGUCACACAUGAUGGGAUUGGCUGGAAUGCCAGUGAUGGAUCAGUACCUGAGACCAGAGACAAACUGAUCACCUGGAGAGUGUCUAACCUGAGACAAUGGGACAUACGGCCAAAGUGCUACAUAAACUAUAAGUCUGAAACACAUGAAACUGAACUACCAGUCAAAGUUUACAAGACUCCAAAUAGUGUCUCCAUCAGCCCAGCGAAUUGGCUAAUGAUAGAGGGCUCUCGUUAUAAGCUCCAGUGUAACAUUGUGAAUGUGGCUCCUGUUGAGAGUCUCAUUGUGAAAUGGUUUAAAGGAGAGACAAGGUUGAGAACUGACACCUUCAAUGACACCAUCAAGACUCCAGAGAAUAAAACACCUACAUUUAUGAUCACUGCAAACAGAGAUGAGGAUGGAGCUCAGUACAGAUGUGAAGCAGAGCUGGAACUGGGAAUAGAUGGACCUCAACCUCCUCCUAAAGUGACAUCAAAACCUCUCAACAUCACCGUAUAUAGUUUUUGUGAUUUUCUUCUUUUCAACCCAUCGAGUGUUGUUGUGGAGUACGGCAGCUCUGUUUCAGUGAAUUGUAGCACUGAUGUCACACAUGAUAAGAUUGGCUGGGAUGCCCAAGUAGGAUCAGUAUCCCUGACCACAGACAAACUAAUCACCUGGAACGUGUCUAAUCUGAGACGAUGGGACAUACGGCCAAAGUGCUAUAUAAGAACUAAUUUGACAAAGUGUGUAUCACUUCCCCCAGUGCUUAUUUACAAGACUCCAGACAGUGUGUCUAUUAGUACAGUGGAUAACAAAAUGAUAGAGGGCUUCCAGUAUGAGCUCCAGUGUUACAUUGUGAAUGUGGCUCCUGUUAAGAGUCUCAUUGUGAAAUGGUUUAAAGGAGAUACAGAGGUGAAAACUGAGACUUUCACUGACACCAUCAAGACUCCAGUGAAUAAAACAUCUAAACUUAAGAUCACUGUAGACAGAGAUGAUGAUGGAGCUCAGUACAGAUGUGAAGCAGAGCUGAAUCUGGGAAUAGAUGGACCUCAACCUCCUCCUAAAAUGACAUCAGAACCUCUCAACAUCUCCGUAUAUAGUUUUUGUGAUUUUCUUCAGUCCAACCCACCAAGUGUUGUUGUGGAGUACGGCAGCUCUGUUUCAGUGAAUUGUAGCACUGAUGUCACACAUGAUGGGAUGGGCUGGGAAGCCCCUGUAGGAAAUGUAACCAUGAUCACAGACAACCUGAUCACCUGGAAAGUGUCCAACCUGAGACGAUGGGACAUACGGCCAAUCUGCUAUAUAAGUACUAGUUGGACCAAGUGUGUAUCACUUCCCUCAGUGCUUAUUUACAAGACUCCAGACAGUGUGUCUAUAAAUAGAGUGGAUUACAAAAUGAUAGAGGGCUUCCAGUAUGAGCUCCAGUGUGAUAUUGUGAAUGUGGCUCCUGUUAAGAGUCUCACUGUGAAAUGGUUUAAAGGAGAGACAGAGGUGUAUAGUGAGACCUUCACAGACAACAAGAAGACUCCAGUGAAUAAAACAUCUAAACUUAAGAUCACUGUAGACAAAGAUGAUGAUGGAGCUCAGUACAGAUGUGAAGCAGAACUGAAUCUGGGAAUAGAUGGACCUCAACCUCCUCCUAAAGUGACAUCAAAACCUCUCAGGAUCACCGUAAAUGCUCUUCUUGAGUUCAACCCACCAAGUGUUGUUGUGGAGUACGACAGCUCUGUUUCAGUGGAUUGUAUCACUUAUGUCACACAUGAUGGGAUUGGAUGGGAAGCCCCUGUAGCAUCCGUACCCAUGACCACCACAGACAAACUGAUCACCUGGAGAGUGUCUAACCUGAGACAAUGGGACAUAAGGCCACAGUGCUACAUGAACUACAACAGGGAUCAAAUUUCAAGAUUACUCCCAGUCACCAUUUACAAGACUCCAGAUAGUAUCUCCAUCAACACAGUGGAUCACACAGGACCAAUGACUGAAGGAUCACGGUAUGAGCUCCAGUGUGAUAUUGUGAAUGUGGCUCCUAGGAAUCUCACUGUGAAAUGGUUUAAAGGAGAGACAGAGGUGUAUAGUGAGACCUUCACUGACACCAUCAAGACUCCAGUGAAUGAAACAUCUAAACUUAACAUCACUGCAGUCAGAGAUGAUGAUGGAGCUCAGUACAGAUGUGAAGCAGAGCUGGAACUGGGAGCAGAUGGACCUCAACCUCCUCCUAAAGUGACAUCAGAACCUCUCAACAUCACCAUACACUAUAAACCACAAAUAAGUGUUUGCAAUGACUGGACACCAAAGACUGGGACUUUGUUGAGUUCACAUCCAUCAAGUCUUUAUUCAAUAGUGGGUAACCCUCGACCAAACAUCAGUUGGAAGCUUGGAUCAUCAUCUAUCAAUGACAAUAACGUUCUUAACAAAAGUGAUUCUGGCCGGUAUACAAUCACUGCCAGAAAUACAUAUGGUGAAUCCAGCUGUGAAAUAAACAUCACAGUAGAGUAUCCCCCAACGCUGCACUGCAGUGAAACAUUUUACCAAAUAAAAGAGAAGGAACCCUUUAAAUUUCCUUGUUCAGCUGACGGACUUCCAAAAUCUGUUGUCUCUGUCUACAAAGCUGAUGGAAAAGUUAUCCAGUUUCCAUUUACUCCCCAUAGGGAUGACAGUGGCUUAUAUAAUGUAACUGCAAGUAACAAACAUGGACAUGCAUAUCAUCAUCUUAAUCUCAGCAUCCAGUAUAAACCACAAAUAAGUGUUUGCAAUGACUGGACACCAAAGACUGGGACUUUGUUGAGUUCACAUCCAUCAAGUCUUUAUUCAAUAGUGGGUAACCCUCGACCAAACAUCAGUUGGAAGCUUGGAUCAUCAUCUAUCAAUGACGAUAACGUUCUUUACAAAAGUGAUUCUGGACGGUAUACAAUCACUGCCAGAAAUACAUAUGGUGAAUCCAGCUGUGAAAUAAACAUCACAGUAGAGUAUCCCCCAACGCUGAACUGCAGUAAAACAUUUUACGAAAUAAAAGAGAAGGAACCCUUUAAAUUUCCUUGUUCAGCUGACGGACUUCCAAAAUCUGUUGUCUCUGUCUACAAAGCUGACGGAAAAGUUAUCCAGUUUCCAUUUACUCCCCAUAGGGAUGACAGUGGCUUAUAUAAUGCAACUGCAAGUAACAAACAUGGACAUGCAUAUCAUCAUCUUAAUCUCAGCAUCCAGUACGCCCCAGUAUUUGACACCAAUGAAGAAAAAUUUGAUGUGGAUGAAAGUAGCAAUAUAACUCUUAAGUGCAUUUUCUCUGGUAACCCAGAACCUGAUAUGUGGUGGACCUUUAAAAAUCAGAACAUCUCCACUGGGGGGCGCGACAACACCAUAAAUAUCACGAAAGCCACAUCUGUCGACGCUGGCGUUUACACGUGCAGUGCCACGAAUCAAUUCGGACGCAAAGAUAAACACUUCACUGUGGUGAUAAAAGAAAAGUCUCCCAGCUACUUCUACGUAGUCUACAUUAUAUUAUUAAUACUUGCAAUACUUUUGAUGGGUUUACUCUUUCUCUGGUUAUGGAAAAAGAGCAAAGCACGGGGAUCUUACCAAGUACGAGCAGAGCAUGAAUUGAUACCCUUAACCAAUGGGAAAUCUAAAUGACCCCAUACCCUUGCAUUGGACAAGAUUACAACUUUAAAAAGCUUAAAGCUUGUAUAACCCAGCUAAAGUCAUUUUUUUUUGUGAUUGACUGCUUUGUACAUAAAAUCAAACUACAUAAUGUAAAGGACAUUCUGUAUAAAUACAACAUUGACAUCUUUAUUGCCUGAGUAUAAGGCCAAGACAAAGAUUAAAGGGAUAGUUCACACAAAAAUAAAAAUUCUGUCAUCAUUUUCAUCAUGUUGUUGUUACAAACCUGUAUACUUUUCUUUGUUUUGAUAAACACGAAGGAAGAUAUUUUGAGGAAUAUUUGUAAACAAACUAUUGACUUUCAUAGUAGAAAAAAAUAAUAAUGUGUUAGUGAAUGGGGCUCCUUAAAAUAUAUCUCAUUGUGUUUAACAGAACAAAGAAAUGUAUACAGGUUUGUAACAACAUGCGAGUGAGAAAAUGCUGAGAGAGUUUUUUUUAUUUUUGGGUGAACUACUCCUUUAAUGGUUGAAUUUAUUAUAUUUUUAUAUGCAAGCAAACUUUGGUCUAGUUUUAGCCUUUAUAUUUUAUAAUGUAUAACUUGUAUAAGUUAAAAGAAUAUAACUCACAUAUGACUGUAUUUGAUUUCUGUGACGUCAGUUCACCGGUUUAAGUAACAUUGUUUUCUUCUGAAUAAUACAUGGAUAUGAUGUAAAAAUGUAACUUGACAAAUAUUGAUAAUGAUUUGAUGUUAAUAUUUUAAUAAAC